AAAAUUAAUGCUAUGAUUUUUUAGAAAGAUAAAAAAUGUCUGCUGAAAAUAGAAUCAUUGUAAGUAAGUUAACAAAGGAACCAACAUUGCUAUGGCAACAGUUAAUGGUAAAACAGGCACAACGAAAACUUCCAGUGAAUCAAUUUACAGACAUAAAAUGUGAAAAGAAACAAGAUCACGUCAGAUUUGUGUUGAUAUCAGAUACGCAUGGUCAUGAAAUAGAACUCCCUGAUGGUGAUGUUCUCAUCCAUGGUGGUGAUUUUAGCAAAGUUGGUAAACCGAAAGAAAUAGACAAUUUCAAUGAUUAUAUGGGGAAAAUUAAACACAAGUUUAAACAUGUGAUAGUUAUAUGUGGAAACCAUGAAAUAACAUUUGACCCAUAUGGAGCACCUGCAAAGGACUACUUAUUAGAUGAAGAAAGUAAAAUCGUGAAUCAUUCAGAUAUGAAAAAGAAAUUAACCAAUUGUACCUACAUUGAAGAUGAGGCAGUUGAAGUUAUGGGAUUCAAGAUCUAUGGUUCUCCGUGGCAGCCAGAAUUUCAUGGUUGGGCUUAUAAUUUACCGCGAGGAGAAAAAUGCUUAGAAAAGUGGAAUCUUAUACCAGAAGAUACAGAUGUAUUAAUUACACAUGGACCUCCCUUAGGAUAUGGUGAUUUAUGUUCAUCUGGAUUAAGAGCAGGCUGCGCAGAAUUGUUGUCUACUAUUCAACAGAGAGUUAGACCAAGGUUACAUGUGUUUGGGCACAUUCAUGAAGGAUAUGGUGUAUGGAGAGACGACCACACUACCUUCGUCAACGCAUCGACGUGUACGUUGAGAUACAAACCAGUUAAUCGGCCGAUUGUUAUUGACCUAAAACCAAAAAAUUAAAAGAAAAAUUAUGCUCCUUGCUAAGUCAAAUAUUUAGACAAUCGCACUGAUACAGAACUGCUGUUCUGUAAGAUGCUCAGUUUUAAAAAUAUCCUCAAAUCUACUCAAAAUCAAAAAUUCUUUUAUGUAAUUUCCUUUUGAUCUUUAUGUAGGUUCUCGUUAUCUAAAGUUUGAUAAAGUGAAACCCUGACUGAUUGGAUCGAAUACCCUGUACCCCCUCUCUCGUCUUCCAACCAGCUGGUGGAGUAGAUAAUUUUAUUUUAUAUUUUUUUAAAAAGCGGUUUCUGUAUCAUCCAGUUACUUUGUGGUGUUUUCCUGUAAAAAUGUUCUAUCCAAACUUUACGAGUAAAUACCAGUUUUUAACAUACCAUAUUUAUAAUAUAUAUUUACAUAUGAAUUUUUAGUUAAAUUGAAUUAUGAAAAUUAGCCCUUUGGACUUCUAAGUAGAUCUUAAGACACUGAAAUUAAGAAAGUGUUUAAAUCGAAGUUUGGAAUAUUUUAUACUUUUGCGAAACUACGGUGCUCAAAAUUUUAAAGCCUGUUAAAAUUAUUUUUAGGAGGUUUAACGAUUGAUGCAAUGUAAUUCAACUCUCUGUCAGAAUCCACAUUCAUAAACAAAGUUAAUGAAACUAAAGCGUUUUUUUUUCUUUUUUUUUCUUUUUUCGAACGUAACGAAAUCAUUUGAACGGCCAAAACUCUGCAUCUGGCAGGCUGCAAAAGCGCUAUUUUUGCGCACACGUAGGGCGUGUAGAUCUUGGAGGAGUAGAUAGCGUUUAAAAGUUACUAAUGGCAUUCUCUAUUGCUUUCGUACAACGAAAUAAUCUAUCGUUAGGGUCCACGAAUUUCGCUGAUGUCAGCAACAAUUAGCAUGAUUCAAGAGUAUGAAUUUAACCACAUAACUAGCUGUCAACAUUGACAAGUUCGAAAUGUGCAACUUCAAAAAACAGCGAAUGUAACAACUUAGUUUGAUAUCAAAACAGCCAAUUACUUGUGAUGGCGAAAUUCGAAUGUACUUUUUUAUUUUUUGUCCAUGAUUGCAGGUUUAACAGCUCGGUUUAGGAAAGUUUUUUUGACAAUUGUGAUCAUUGAUUCUUUUUCACAUAGCACAGGUCAUUCUCGACCACAGAGCUCUCAAAAGUGGGUUUAUCUCAAACAGCCUUGGGGACCAGAAUUCAUAUAAGUUUAUUAUUUUGAGGAAUACAAACUUCCAGCAUCUUUUGCUUAGUUUUGUCUCAAGGGUUUAGCAAAUUUGUGUUGUUUUUUUGUUGGUGUUUUUUAAUUGACAUAAAUAUUUUGAAAGGAAUAAUUUGUUUUGUCUGGCUUUUGGUAUAAAAAUUUGUUUAAUUAAAACAGUGGUCGAAAUAAACAAAUAACCUUUUUUCUCCCCAGACGUUUGACCUCUCAUAAAACCAGGCCGACUUUUGUGAAUAACCAAAUAUUUUUUAUCACCUGUGACCCCAUGUCCUUUUGUUAAAACAAAAAAGUAAGAUUGACAUUAA